AUGAAGCAAACGUCUCUGCUGUGGCUGCUCUCUCGUCUGACUGUGAGUCCCAGCAGCUCUCAAUUCUUUAAAGGAGACCCUAUGUUGCUGAGCUGUGACGAGGAUGACAGCUCUGCUGGAUGGACUCUGAGGAGAAACACAAGCAAAAAACAAAUGACAGAGUGCGGAUCUGGGUGGGGAAUAUCGACUAAUUCUUCCUGUAGCAUCAGCUACAGCACCACCUGGGACAGUGGGGUUUACUGGUGUGAGUCCAGAGAGGGUCCCAUCAGUAACAUGGUUAACCUGACAGUCACUGGUGGAUCAGUGAUCCUGCAGAGUCCUGUCCUCCCUGUGAUGGAGGGAGAUGACGUCACUCUGCUCUGUAAAACAAAGACCACUCCCUCCAACCUCCCAGCUGCUUUCUAUAAAGAUGGCUCCCUCAUCAGGAAGCAGCCUACAGGUCACAUGACCAUCCAGCAUGUUUCCAGGUCUGAUGAAGGCCUCUACAAGUGUGACAUCAGCGGUCAUGGAGAGUCUCCAUCCAACUGGAUCACUGUCACAGGUCAAGCUACAGCCACGCCCACCACCUCUGUAAUCCUGCCCACCUCCUCAGCUCCUCCCCUUAUCUCCACCUCUCUCCGGGUUGCGCUCCUACAGCUUUUUUACCCGGUGAUGUUCUGCCUGUACUUCAUCUCCACUCUCCUCAUGGUGUCUUCAUACAGAAGCAGGGGCACAUUCUGA